CCAUCCCUACUGCAUCGACGGGCAUUCCGUUUUUCGCGUCUCACCAGCGGCUAAAUGCAAAUUUCGCCAUAAAACUAAGCAUAGUUCGUAUACUUCGCACCGCUCCACUUAAAUUUCACCUCUGCUUGACAAGGAUCAACUGCGAACAUGGAUCUCAGCGGUCCACAGACUCUGAACCAAAUACUUCAGCCUGAAGAGCUGAAACUCGUGCCGGAGGACGUCCAGAAGAAAUUGUCGGCGUACAUAAAAAAUUUUUCGGAUGAGUACUGCAAGGAGCGAGCGGCCGCCAAUCGGUUGGCUGAAGCUGAGAAAAAGAGUGAGGAGCUGGAGAACAAAAUGGAGGACUACCUGGCGAAAUUCAACAACUUCGAGCUGAACGUCAACGAGCUGCGCGCUCAGCUGGACCAAGUAACCGCGGAACGUGUCCAGCUGAUUGACACCGUCGCCAGCUGCGAGCAGAGUGUUUGCCAGUUGCGCAAGGAGAAGACCGCGGCCGUCGAGGAGCGAGACUCACUGAUGAAGGUCAUCGAGCGCCAGCAGGCAGAGCUGGAACGACUGAAGCAGGAUCUGCACACCUACCAGCAGCAGCUAAGUGGCGCCAUUGCCGCCAAAUGCGAGGCCAUCGCCCGCGUGGACGAGAUUCAAAGCAAGGAGGUGGCCCUGGAGCUCAAGGAGAGCCGCAUGGAGAGCGAACGCCAUAUGCUGCAGCAGGAGAUCCAGCUUCUGAGCGCAGAUCUGAACAGAAACCAAACUGAGCUGCAGAACAUUAGGCGGGAGCACUCACUGAACGCCAUGCAGCUGGAGAGUCGGCUGAAAGAGAAGUCCGAUGCCCUGCAGCUGGUCCAAGGACAGUAUGGACAGGCGGUAAAGACCAUUGAGGAUUUGCACCGUAAGUUAGAGGCCCAGAACGACGUUACUUACAAGCAAAACCAGGCCACAGAGGAGUACGUGGAAAGGCUGAAAAAGGAGCUCGAUGCUAAGGAGAAGCUGUUUAAUAUUUUCAAGAACACAGAGGCCGACCAUCUGGCCCAGCGGGAGGAACUCUUACAAGGCAUCGCCGACAUGAAACGCAUGCUUGAGGAGAGCGAGGAGCAAGCUGUCCAGUUGGAGACGCAAAUAACUACCCUUAAACAGGAGCACGCCGCUGAGCUUGAGGAGCAGAACAAGAAGAUUGAGAAUUUGCAGCGGGAGUUAGCCGGUGCCAACGACUUGCUUAAAGAGGCAAAGGAAAGCACCUUAGAAAGCGCUAUCUGCAAGCUGGCUCCUAGUGCAGCGGUCACCAGUCGACUCAUGCGCUCCGAUCUCUCGCUCACCGAAUUGUACUCUAUGUACGCCAGGAGCAGCGAAGAACUGGAGGCGCGUAACCGUGAAAUCGAACAGAUGAAGCUCCAGGUGAAGUCCAUCAUGGCGGAGAUCAGCGAGAAUGCUCCACUGUUUGAAAAACAGAACUCUGACUUCCAAAAGCUAAAGGAGGUUCACAACCGGCUCUUGGAGGAGCACGACGAGUUGGCCGAGCGGAAGAUCACAAUGGAACACGAGCUGGAGAGGACUCAGUUCAACCUUAUUCACAGCCAGAAGGAGAACAAGAAGCUGAAGCAGACGCACAACGAUCUCAGCCGGCAGGUAUGCAUGCUGCUGGACGAAUUGAACUGUCUGAGGGCCGGAGUGCCACUUAUUCGUAACCAAGAACCACGCCAGUCGAUUACCAGCGAAAGUGUUAUCAACGAUAAUUUGGUAACCUUCAGUUCUAUACAGGAGCUGGUCGAAAGAAAUUCCCACCUGCUGAAUAUGUCCCGCGAUCUUGCAGAAAUGCUGGAGGCGAGCGAAAAGAACCAAGACAAACUCCUGCUGGAGCAGUCUGAAAAACAGAUAAGCAAGCUUAAUGCGCGUUUUGCCGAAAUGGAAGAGAUUUUGGUCCAAAAGAAUAACACACUGACCACGUUGCUAUCCAAGUGCGAACGCUACAAGAAGUUCUACUUUGCGGCUCAGAAGAAGCUGGGUCAGAGGACUGUGGAUUUGGACGACUCAAAUUUGGAGCUUAACGACACUGUGCUUGAGACUUCAACGCAGUCGGCCGCCAAGGUGGAGGAGAACAGCAAGCUGGAGAAAAGGGUGCGCCAACUGGAGCAGCAGCUGGAGGAAGAGGUCAAGAAGUAUGCCGCUCUUAAGGAGAACUACGACUACUACACCAGCGAGAAACGCAAGAACGACGCCUUGGCACAAGAGCAGUUCGACUCCAUGCGCAAGGAGGUGCGGGAGCUGACCAGCAGCAACUGCAAGCUAAUGAACGCCACUGAGUUCCAGAAGGAACAAAUCGAAUUGCUGCACAAAAACAUAGGCACCUACAGGCAACAGGUCACCACUCUGGAGGAGCGCACCAAGAGCUACGAGAAGACUAUAAUUAAGCACGAGCAAACCGUGCACAUGCUCAAGGAUGAAGUAAUGGCCGCCCACCGUAAGCAUGCUGCGGCCGAUUCAGAGGCUCACAGCCUGCGACAGGAAAAUCGCAUACUGAAGGACACCUCUUCCCGACUGCAGAUCGAGAAGGAGACCUACCUUCGGGAACAGAAGAGCCAGUCGCUGCUCUUGAACAGUCUGGAGUUCAUCAAGACCAACCUGGAACGGUCCGAGAUGGAGGGACGCCAGCGCUUGGAACAGCGUUUAGAUGAAACGGUGCGGGAGCUGUCUGCCCAGCGAAGACAUUUCCAGGAGGAGGAGGAGAAGUUCCGGGAAUCCAUUAACGAAUUCAAGCGACAGGCGGAAACGGCAAUUAAGCUGAAGGAGGAGGAGAAGCAGCUGGCUGAAAAGUGGCAGGCGGAGCUUACUGCUGUCCGCGAAGAGCUGGCUCAGAAGGUGAACCAGGUCAAUGACUUGAGCAAAAAGCUGCAGAACAGCCUUACGCCUUCCAUCAAUGAGAAUCCCAUCGCGGCAGCCAAUAAGCGUGCACGGGAAUAUGAGCUCAAGCUGGACCAGGCCACGGUGGAGAUCCAGUCGCUCACCAAGGAGCUGGCUAAGGCCCGCGAGCAUGGCGAGCAGUUCUACAAGAUGUCCCAAAGUGCCGAAGGUGAAAUCAAGCGUCUGCAUGAUAUGCACAGCGAAUUGGUGACCAAGCAAGAGGAAGAAAUCAAGAAGCUCCAAAGUUCUGAAGCAGAGCUUAAGACCCGAAUAUCCGAUUUGGAGGCGGAGGCGAUGCUGUCGAAUGUGACCGAGCAGAGCAAGACGGUCAACCAGUCGGGUCAGCUGAAGUCGGCCCAAGAGGAGCUGAAGAGUGUGUUGGAGAAGCUCACGGAAGCUAAUCGCACCAUUCGCACGCUGCGCAGCGAAAACACCGCUUUGGCUGAAUCCCUUAGUGCUGUGGAGGUGAAGUAUGCCAAUGGCAUGAUACAGCACUCGGCUGACAUCCAGGAGCUAACCCGUUACAAGGCGGAGUUCUUUAAAGCCAACGAUGAGCUGAACCAAUUGAAGUCUGGUCGCGAAUCUCUGCAAGCGGCUUACGACGAACUCGUUCGGUCUAAUGCCGAGGCCCAGAAGCUAUUGGACAAGGAGAAGGAGGAGUCGGAGCAGCGUGUCGCCGAUCUGCAUGCCCUGAACGCCAGUUUACAUGAUCAAAUCGAAGCGCUGACCAGCAAACUGGCAGCUCUGUCCAAUCAAAGCCAAAACCCGAACACUUCUUUGAAUGACUCGGCAAUGGAUGCUGAUCAGAGCCUGAAUGCCUCUGUACAGGCCGGUGGCGAGGAGGGAAGGAACAACGAGCAGCUUCUGAAGAUUAUCAAGUUUCUGCGCAGGGAGAAGGAUCUUUUCGCCGCCAAGCUGGACAUUCUUAAGGCUGAGAAUGCGCGUUUGAUGUCGGAGCACACCAUUCAACAGAAGAAGGUCGAUGAACUAAAUGGCUAUUUGAACCAAGAGCGCGCCAAGAGCCAAACGGACGUGGUGUCGGCCACCAAGCACGAGGAGGUGCUGCGCAAGAUUGAAACCCUCAACGCCAUCACAGACAGCAAUCGCAUUCUGCGGGAGGAGCGCAAUGCUUUGACUCUUCGCGUCGCCGAACUUAACGAGCGUAUCAGCAGUGUGGAGAAGGAACUCUUCCCGCUGCAAUGCAGCAACAAGGAGCUGACCUCGAAGAUCGAGGAGAUAAAUGUGGAGAACACCUCCCUGCGCACCGAGGCCAUCAAGUGGCGGCAGCGUGCCAAUGCUCUCGUGGAGAAGAGCAACCGCAAUCCGGAGGAGUUCAAGCGUCUGCAAUCUGAGCGCGAGCACCUGGCUAAGUUGCUUACGGCCGAGAAAGAGCAAAGCAAAAAGCAAGUGGAUGAGCUGACCUUGCUGAAGCAGCGCAUGGACACAGAGAUCCCGUCGCUCAACAGACACCUGCAACAACUGGACGAGGCACGGAAAAAACAGGUCGACGAAUUCACCAACCUUAAGCAGAACAACACUCGCCAGACGCAGGAUAUUAUGGAACUGAAGAACCGCCUUCUGCAAAAGGAGGAAGAGCUGCUAAAGGCCAACGAAGAGUUGGAGACGAAGGACAAGACCAUAGCGGACAAGGACACAAAGGAGCUGCAGCUACGCAAACUGGCCAAGCGCUACAAGGACUUCUACAUGGGUCUUCAAGCCCAAGCCGGAGGAGCCGAGUCAGUCGCAGAAUUGGAGAAGGUUCGCAGCGAGUUGGAGGAGGUCAAUAACCAACUACGAGCAUUGAAAGAAGAGCAUGAAAGGGUCGUUAAAGAGUGUGAGGAGCUAAAAAAACGCACAGAGCCAGAAACGGAUGCCAGUGCCGUCCGUCAGGAAUACAAGGCUAAGUUGGACAAACUUGUUCUGGACCUUACCGUGGCUCGUACCGAUUUGGCCAACCAGGAGACAACUUUUGCCGGCACCAAGUCAUCUUACGAUGAAACAAUUGCUCGCCUUGAGAAGGAACUUCAGGAUCACAUAGCCGCCAACAAGGAUGUAAACCAGCGACUCACACGUGAAAACGAAUCGCUGCACAUGAGAAUUAACCAGCUCACCCGUCAGUUGGGAUCCCAGCAGUCCACAAAGCCAUCGACCAGCUCCGUGGCCGAGAAGGGCAACAUCUCGGAAAGCUCUCCGCGCACUGCCAACGUUAAGCCCAUGUCGGGAUCAGCGACGGUGCAACAAUCGGCCACCGUGACACCCUGGCGUGGAGGCGAGACUCCUCUGGCCAGCAUCCGACCGAUUUCGGUUCAAAAUAGCCGUACGGCCGCCAUUUUGCCUACCAGUCAACAGCCUCCGGCCGGAUCUAGUACGUCCACCUCUUCAUCAUCCUCGUCGUCGUCCACUUCCACAACAUCAGCCGCGGCCAGCGGAGGCAGCUCGGCGGUGGCCCAAACCGCUUUAGUGCCACCCCAGCAACAGGUGCACACCACUGGAAGCGCGGCCCUGGAAUCGAUGGCGUCCUCAUCGCCCACAUCUUCGCAUACCGACUACAUGCCAUCCACCAGUUCUGCGUCUGUAGCUGUGGCUGCUAUUCCACCUAUGGGCGCCUCGUCCGCGGCCGAAAGUUCCCAGGAGGCGGAGAGCAUCCAACAUCCCCAGCAGAACGAUUCGCAGCUGUUUGUGGGCGGUGCCCAGCAGCAAGUGGUGGCGCUUGUGUCACCACGCGUAGAAGGUUCCUCGUCUUCAUCGAGUUCCACAUCUGUUCCGAAUGCCACAGCUCCCAGUAUCCAGGAUGGCGGUAGUCAAAGUCAGCAACCCAGCACUUCGGGCAGCAGCAGCAGCUCAUCCACUGUGGUGAGUAGCCACAGCAGGCACACCCCGUCUAGCAGCAAUGUGACGACCACCCAGGCUGGCUGCUCAUCCCAGGGCAUUAAGCGCCCACGGGAUGUGGAGGGUGACUCCUCCACCACCAACGAGGAGGGCCUUCCCGAGAAAAUGCCAAAAAUGACGAAAAGACUUCGCGGUCCCACGCACAGUGGAGAACUGUCUGCCGGACACAUUGGCGAUUCCGGAAUGGAUGUCGAUCAGAUGCCCACCUCUUCGCAGCGCGACCAGGAGGAUGACAUUCAAGUGGUUGACUCGGACGACGAGGAAGACGUUCUGGCUGAUGCCGACGAUGGUCCCAUCGAUGGAGGCGAGGCCGAGCAGGAGGGCUAUGAGGAUUCCUACGAGCAGGACAACGAGAUGGACGAUAACGAGGGUGCCGACGAUGACAAUGACAUUGCUGUGGAUGCCCAGGAUAACAACGAGGUGGACAUCGAAGAGGUGCCGGAGCAACACAUGCAAGCGCAAGAGGAGAGCCAAUCGCUGGACAGCCAGGCGGUCGCAACCGCAUCCGCUUCUGCUCAAGAGAACAACCAGAGCCAGGCCAUAACCAGUGGAAGUGGAGAGUCGUCGAAUCCGGUGACUCUGCCGCUGGCUGAGGCCUCCAACUGGAAGCAGGCGGCCGCCUCAACGUCCAGUGCAGCUGCGCGACGCAACGAAAGCUCCGUGGAGAUUGUCAGCUCACCCCAAGUUUCGAACUUCAGUGAGCAGCCUGCCCGCCUGGAGACCGCCGAAGUCGAUGGCACCGCCGAAGUGGCCGAGGGUGCACCACAUGAAAGCGCAGGGCCCAGCGAUGAGGGAGCUGCCACUGCCAGUUCUCCGCAAAAGCAGGGCGACGCAGGAGAAAGCAGUGGAAGCGACGCCAACAAAGCUGCGGACGAAGGUGAUCACGCUGGAGGCGCAGAAAACGCCAGUGAGGCGGAUGAGGCUUUUGCCGAGGAGACAAUGGCUGCUGGCCAAGGAGAAGACUCUCAGCCACUGGGAAAUGAUAAUCCAAAUGUGGGCACCAGUCAGUCGGAGGUGUCGCAUAACCAGGCCAAUCUUGACGAGGGCAACCCCACCGAGGACAGCGAGGGCGCCGACGGCGUCUCCUCCGAGGGUGAGAAGCAGGCGGUGGGUGUUGAGGAGGAGGGUCGCGAGGCGGAAGCCACCUCGCCGUCGGAGAACACGCGCUUUCGCACGCUACGCAGCGCGGUGCCCACGCGACGCGGAGGACGCGCCAUAAUGCGCGGAGGCAGCCCCAACAACCAAAACCGGCCGCAGCGGAUCGUCUGGCAGCGCGAAACGUCGCCGGGCAACAUGCAACGGGACCAGAUGCCGCCGGCCAAUAACCGUUUCGCCCAACGGGCCCGCAGCCGUCGUCCCAUCCGUCGACCAUCCCCAAACAACUUCAACAGCGGCGGUCGAUUCCCCUAGGGCGAGGACAUCGGCGGACCCGCAGACGAAAGUCCGCUGUAGGCUGACUAUAAUCAUUGCGUUUACUGGGCUAGAGAUAGGUCUCCUCGCAUUUAACUAUUAUUAGUCUAAGUCGACCCACAACUAAGCUUAUCACUCAACAUUCUCCCGUUUUGCAAGUCUUGAUAUUCUGCAGCUGUCAAGACGCAAAGAGCUUCGGUUCUUGUACAUUCAUUUAGCUAUAGACUUUUGAAUAAACAUAUAUGUAAUGGUCAA